AGGACCUCAGAGGCUCGUUGAGCCCAACUUCGGGGCGCUGUCCUCUGCAUGUUACACACCCACUGCUCUUCACAGAUUCCCUUGCUUCCUCACUUUACUAAAAGCCUUUCGGUUUACUCCAAUGCCGCGGUGAUUGAGAAACAGAAGUAUUCUACUGUAUUUGGUAAACCUGAAACUACAGUGGAGAGUUCACGCUCACGAUGAGACGUGCUAAAAGUUUCCAGGACAAUAAUUAAGGAUGCACUGGUUAAUGUCUCCUAAACUAAGUCUGCUUGUGUGUUUUCAUAUCUUUACAUCAGCUCUUGUACUGGAAACCAGUGCCCUAACAUAUGAGGAGACAUCCUAUGAAUACAUACCUGAUGAGCUGCAAUGGGACAGUGCAGACGAACUGUGUUACCAGCGCUCUGGGGCCUUAGCCAAUGUGUCCAGUCUAGUUGAGAAGCAAGACAUAAAGAACUAUUUAAAGUCCGUGAACAUCUCUGAAGCUGUGUGGAUUGCUAAGAAAUUCACAACUCAAAGUAACAGCUCUGUCUUUUUGGACUCCAUCUUGGACGGGGAUUCCUUGGAGAAUGAGAGAUUUUCUGUAGAGUUUGUCCACAGCCCUCUGCCUGAUGAAGAGUGUGACAUUCUUGACCCUGUUACAGGGAGUUUGAGCCACGACAAUUGCGACUCUUUCAGAGGAGCUGUCUGCCAGUUUAAGAAAGUCAUAGAAGUGCUGGAUGAUUUCCGUUUCCCGAAGACACCGUUGUUCAGCCUAUUGAGCCUGUACCCUUUAACAAGUCCUGAGCAGAGUGCCAACUCCUCUUGGGACAGAGAGCUAAGAUCACUGCAUCAGCUAACCCGGGCUGUCCUGGACGUACUGAAAGAUGGUGGUCCAAAUGUUCUCACCGCCAGUGAUAUCCACUUUCUGUCCCAAAAGAUGGGGAUGGUCUUGUCUGCACUGGCUAGUAGCCACCCAGCCAGCCCGAAUGCCGCAGAGGCCAUGGCGUCUAUUGCUACAGAUUACGUAAAGAUGUCCAGUGUGAUGCUGGAGCCUCAUGUGGCUCAACAGUGGAUGGGUUUAACAGAUGAUGGGAACAGCAUGGGGCCGUUUACUAUUGUCAAUAGCAUUGACAAUCUUACUGAAACUCUGGCAGACAUAUUAUCUACUGAGGGAAAAAGCUUCUCACUUUCUACUAAGAAUAUAGAUGUGUUCAUCAUGAGCCAUAAGUUGACUGAAGGAAGCUGCUGUCAAUCAUUUAAACCAUCUGAGAUCAGCUCCAACAUGGUGAGCGGCAACGAUCAGGAUGAGCUGCUUAUCCCAGACUCGGAGUUACAGAGAAUUCAGAAGCUGGGACAUAAGGAUGUGACGUUUAUUCACACAUAUUACAGCCAUUUGAAUGAGAUUUUAUCGGGUGCAGCCGAGCCUUUUCUGAGUCAACAAGAAAAAGUGAAAAGAAUUUUCUCAGGUCACCUGGCUUCUGCUGUCAUAUCAGCCACUCUCCGUGAUGCAUCAAAGGCCCAAACAAUCCCUGUUGCUGUCCAGUACACUCUAUCCUCAUCUCAUGUGAUGGAGUUUGCACAGAGAUUUUACCCAGUCUGUGCCUUUUGGAAUUUCAGCUUAAUGAAUAAUCAAACCAGUGGCUGGUCCAAUGAUGGCUGCAUUGUGAUCUUUGCUGGCUCUGGUGUUACUUCCUGUGUAUGCAACCAUACCACAAACUUUGCAGUGUUGAUGAAUUACUUAAAACCUAAGUGGAGUCCCGAAGAAGAACUUGUUUUGACCAAGCUGACAUUCAUCGGCUCGGGAGCAUCUUUGUGUGCUCUGGUGGUGACAUUAAUGCUGUUCACUGUGUUGGAUAUACCUCGAUCUGACAGGACAUCCAUCCAUAAGAACUUGUUUAUUGCUCUGAUCUGUGCUCAAGUGAUUCUGCUGUGCAGUGGCUCAGCCAUUCACAACAAGGUUGCGUGUACACUUGUGGCAGCAUUGCUCCACCUGUUCUUCAUGGCUGCCUUCAGCUGGAUGCUGGUUGAGGGUCUUCUGCUCUGGAGCAAGGUGGUUGCUGUCAAUCUCAGUGAAGAAAGACACAUGAAGUAUUAUUAUCUCAUCGGCUGGGGUCUGCCAGUGCUCAUAGUCACCAUCACACUGGCGUCAGCCUCAGGCAAAUACUUGGCUGAUGGCUAUUGUUGGCUCAGUGUCCAGAACGGUGUCAUCUGGGGCUUUGCUGGGCCUGUCAUCUUCAUCAUCAUGGUGAAUGUCAUGGUACUUACCAGGGUGGUGGUCAUCACUAUCUCCACAGCCAAGAGGAGGUCCAUUAUGUUGGCGAUGGGUGCCAGUCCAGUGGAACAAACCUACGAGCAAGUUAGGGCUGCUGUUAAAGCAGUUUUGGUUUUGCUGCCCAUUCUUGGAUUGACAUGGCUGUGUGGUGUCCUGGUACCUUUCUCCAUUGUCAUGGCCUACAUCUUCAUCCUCCUCAAUUCCCUGCAGGGUCUGUUCAUCUUCCUGAUAUAUGGGGUGUACAACACAGAGGUCCGGACCACGGUCAACAGGAUCAAGGAAAGGAGAAAGGCGCUUAAUUUUUCAAACUGUGCCAGUACCCGUCCAUCCAGCUCAGUCACUAGCUCUCGUCCGGUCAGUUUGCCACCAGGAACAACCCCGAACCAGGAGGAGGCAACCACAUUCCAUAACUGCAACACCCAAGGCCAGCAGAAGGAGGAAGGCAGUACCACAGGAUUUACUGUUAAAGAGCAGAAUUCAUGGUUCCAUCAAUCACAGCGAGUUGUCCAGGUCCUGAAGGAGUGAAGCAGCAUGAGAUCAUCACACUACCACCACCAGUCGCUGACUUGAAGUCGGAGAGGCCAGGGGCACACGAGGAAGAAAGGAGUGAAAACUUCCUGAACUCAGCUUUCACCUUCCACCUCUAAACUCCAAUGUACCCCUCAAACUAUCAACUAGCAACCUUAUAUUUAGGCUGUUUUUGGGGGACUAAGAAUGGUGAUUUGUUAGUUUAGUGAAUUUCAAAUGCUACAUGCUCUUUGACAGUAUUAUAGUCGGUUCAAGAGAUACUGUAGAUCCCCAGCUCAAAUAUAUUGUAAAAUUUGCAUUAAACUUUACGAGUAACAUUUCAAUGACUGCUAACUGAUACUUAGCCUUUCUCCUAAACACAGUUACUGUAUGUACACACAUUUUCUACAUCUAUUAAAACACAGGUCAUUCAAUCCCCUAUCCCUGUGUAUAUAACUACUGUCUAGGCUGGGCUGAAGAAUUGUGACUUGUGAUGAUGGAAAUCUAGGCCAAGAAACUGGUGUGUUUGUCACCUAUAAUUUACUGUCCCAUUGGUAACACGAGCGGCAGGAAUGGAGUUGGAGUUAAGAGAAGAAGUCCAACAUUCAAUUGCAGAUAAAUGAUAAUUCUAAAUAGUCUGCACACAGCAGUGAUGUAGUUGGCAUUCAAAUCUCUUGUGAUAUUGUGUACGUAUGCAGUUUACACUCGUCAUACAACAAGUUGUCACUCUCUGAUGAUAAUCAUCUAUCCACUAACAUAAUGCAGUUAAUCCAACCUAGGGCUAUAAUUAGAAUUAUUGGAAAUUUCUAAUUUCAGUGGAAAAUGGGAUCCGCCAAAAGGGGGUCUUGCACAGGGUGCCAUUCAAUCUUCAAUGUGUGUCGAUGGAAGCUAUAAUUAAUAUGCAACAACACUGAAACACGUAUCUUGGAAGUGUACUCAAAACAAUAUAUUCACUCAACAGCGUAUGUACUGUACGUUGCACCACCUUGUCAAUUUGCACUGCCAUCAGCCAAUACUGUACAUGUAACCAGAAAUGUGUUACUGUCAUAAUGUAGUUAAGUCCUUUAAGUGCUCCCAAAGACUAUGCAAAUGCUGCUAAAAUGCAAUUGUUUCACAGUUUUUUCUUCAUUCCACCUUCUCUCUAAAUUAGAAUAGUUCAAACUAAGAAUUGCCAACAGCUACACAAUGAUUAGGGAAUCUAUGUUGAAGAAAAAUGAAAUGAAAUGAAAAUAAGACAGAAGGAAGACAUGGAUAACAGGCAGAGAAAGAAAUAGCCUGGCUGGGGUCUUCAUAGGACCCCACACCUCAGCUGUCACUCGAUGCGCUUUCAAAGAGUAACACAAUGGACUGGACAGAUGGUCCCAAACGCACCGCAGUGAGCUUGACUCUAUUAAAAGCUGUCUGCUUCAUGCCAGACGCCAACAAGAUCUAUUUGUUUCUGAAUUGGAUGUACAUGUUUGACUACCAGCUUUUGUUGUUGCAAGAAACCCUUUCGUGUGUUUUGGCCACAAAAGGGCCAUUCCAAGUGUGACUAUGAUGUCUGUGUUGAGUUUGAUCUUAAUUAAGAGACAAUCAAAAGCAACACAUGAAGGUUUUAAACCAACAAUACUGUGACUGAUUUGCACUGAGUGGCUGUCAGCCAACACCGCAGCACACGAUGAACUUUUGGCUGACAACCAAUAACCAGACAACCAUACAAAGCCCCACCCCCAAGCACCCUACCGCCAAUGUUACUCCGUAACUCCAUGCUAUUCUCCCCAACUCUUGCUUUCCUUUUUAAAGAGCAGCUCUUUCACCUCAGAAUGAUGAACUCCUCUGAUUUGCUGACCUUUCUCCCUUUGGCUUGCCCCCCCCCCCCC